AUGACUCAAACCAUUCCCGGCAUUGCGUUGAUUGGCGCGGGCAUCUACGCUCGUGAGGAGCACCUCCCCAAACUCAUUGCACACAAUGCCAACCUGCUGGCCGUCUACUCGCGGUCUCAAAAGUCAGCCGAAUCGAUCGUCGAGGCAGCCAAGCCCCUGACCAAGAAGGCUGCCAGCAUCAAGGCCUACUCCGAUGAGAGUCAGGACAACCUCGAUGCCCUGCUGGGUCGGGCCGAUGUGACCGCUGUUGUCAUUGCGGUGCCCAUCCUGGCGCUGCCAGACCUGAUUCGGAAAUGUUUGGCUGCUCGCAAGCAUGUCCUCAGCGAGAAGCCCGUGGCCAAGGAUUUCAAGACGGCCGCUGCGUUGAUCUCGGAGUACGAGAUGGUAUACAAGCCGAAGGGCCAAUUGUGGUCCGUCGGUGAACAGUUCCGCUACGACCUCGGCCUCCGUAAGGCCCGUGAGCUGAUCCAGUCCGGCGCCAUCGGCGACCUGACGAUUGUCAACGCCCGCGUGUGGGCCGCCAUCAAGCCAGGCAACAAGUACUACGAGACCAUGUGGCGGCAGGUCCCCGAAUACCAGGGAGGAUUCAUCCUGGAUGGCGGUAUCCAUUUCGUUUCCGUGCUUUCGUUUGUCGCCUGUCAAGAGAUCACGGAGACGAGGGGCUUCUCCAAGCAGAUUGCUCCGCAUCUCCCCCCAUUGGACACCGUAAAUGCGGCCCUGCAGUAUAACAAAGGUGCCCAGGGAUGCGUGAGCAUCAGCUUGGCGUCGACCAAGACGGCAUUCGACUUUGUCUUCAUCGGCACCGAGGGCACCCUCACCCUUCAGUUCAUGGGCAAAUUUGCCGUAAAGCUGGACGGCAAACAGCAGUUUGAAGAGACAAUCGAUGGAGAGGCAAUGUCGACGGAAAUCAAGACUUAUCUGGAUGCGCUCUCGUCCGGCUCAUCUGAAGGUCUGCUGAGCGCAAGGGAGGCAUUGCAUGACUUGGCUGUUGUCGAGAGCCUCUGCUCUGGGGGAGGUGUCGUUCAAACCCUGUAA